AUGGCCGGAAUUGUGGAGAAUUUACCAGCCAUCCUGCAAGCAAGUAUUUCGCCGAGUAGUCAGAUUAUAAAGCAAGCCGAACAACAACUGGAAGAACUUUCAAAGACUCCAGGUAUGUAACUUCAUAUUGUUUUAUUGUUCUUUAGGGUUUGCCGAAGUGCUACUGCAGGUUAUCAAUGAGACAAGUGUGGGCAACGAUAUUAAAAUUGCCGCUGCUGUGGCGUUCAAGAAUUUCAUCAGGAAUAAUUGGGUGAGUACGGGAUAUAUUGACCAAGGGUAAGGUCGGAAAAUUUGAUGGUAUGGGUUGGAGAUGAGAAGCAGAAUUUUGAUAUUUGGAAUACAGUUUCUUGGAAGUCUUGAGCAGGUCGAUAAGGAAUUUGAGCUGUCUUGAGUGGUUGAGUUUCUAGAUAUGACCAAUUUAAUAUUAUCCAUGAGGAUUCGUCGGCGAAUUUUUGAAAAGACGGCUAUAACUCAAUAUUUUUUGAUGAGAUGUGAUGCCCCAUAUAAAAUAUAGCUCUAUGGCGGCCUUGUGGUCAGUUUUAGCAUAAAUUCGUUAGCUGAAUUUCGUCCUAUUAACUUAAACCGUCAAUUUUCAGAACCCAGAAGGCACAUUGGCUGUUGCUCCUCUUGAGGAAUCGGAAAGAGAACGGAUCCGUCAAAUUGUGAUCAGUGGGAUGUUUCAAAUGGAAGAAGUUUACCGAAGACAACUUUCGCAAGCCCUCUGCAUCAUCGGAACCUACGAUUUCCCUCAUCGGUGGGAGAAUUUGAUGGAGAUCCUCGCCCAAAACCUCACCGGCGAUUUCACCCACAUUUUGGCGUCGCUAACCGCCAUCGAACAGCUGGUUCAUCGUUACCGAAAGCAUGGACGAUCUGAUGAUUUGAUCCGAGAGAUCAUCCAUGUCUUGAAAAGUAUCGCACAACCAAUUACGGACCUGUUCAAGAGGAUGGUUGAGAUUAUCCCGGCAGAGGGACAAGAGCCCUCAAUUUCGGUGGAUGAACAGAACCAAUGGCUUGAAGUUUUGCUGUUGUUGAGUAAAAUAUACUACUCUCUCAUCUGGCAAGACCUUCCCGAGUUCUUUGAGGUAUGAUUUUGAUUUUUUUGUUCGACUUUUAGGUUGAUGUCAAGUGCAAUAUAAUUUUUGGUUGAAAAAUUACCUUUUCAAUUCUUGUUGUCUUCAGGACCAUCUCGAAGAGUGGAUGACCGGCUACCUUCGUCUUUUGGCGUUGAAACUCCCGACUUAUGAGGCUCGAUCCGAUUCGACGGAACCAAACAACCUGGAUAAUUUAAAACGAGUCAUUUGUGAUAUUGCCAAGCUGUUUUCCCAACGCUUCGAAGAGGAAUUCUUACCGUACAUUAUGAAGUUCAUCGAGAUUGUGUGGAAUUUGCUGGUCCAGACCGAUCAUCGUGUCCGGUUUGACCUUCUCGUCAAUGCCGCUUUGGGAUAUUUGUCGGCGGUCUGUGAGCGAGAACGAUACGGCCAAAUCUUUCGGGAGCCCGGAGUUUUGGAGCAGAUUUGUCAAGCUGUCGUGAUCAAGAAUUUGACGCUGCGACAGGAGGAUUUGGAACAGUUUGAAGAUGAACCAUUUGAUUACCUCAAAAGGGAUAUUGAAGGUAAAUUUUGUUGGUUUACUAACGAAUAUUGUGAUGGAUUAGGUUGAAAAAUACAUAUUCUUUUAUUAGAAAGCUCUUGAUUUUAGAUCUAUUUGGUUUGUCAUGGAAUUUUGAGAAUUUUUAUAUUGCUUUACCUUGUUUUAGGUCUUGAUUUGGAAACCAGACGUCGUGGAGCUGUCGAUUUUGUCCGAGCCUUGACGAAAUACUUUGAAAAUGAUGUUUUUAAUGUUCUGGGCCAAGCCAUCACUCAAUAUCUUAAUGAAUUUCAGGUAAAUUAUAUUGUUUUAGGUAGUCUUUUGAUACCUUCAUUUUUUCACUGAAAUCUUAUAAAUUUUCGGUUGAUUUGAUGUUAAAACUAAUCAAAAUUGAAUUUCAGUCCAAUCCGACACAAAAUUGGAUCAAAAAAGACGUCGUUUACUUCUUGGUUUCGGCUCUGGCAUCCAAGUCAACCACCGCCAGACAAGGUGCAACUUCGGUCUCCCAACUCAUCAAUAUUCACGAUUUUUACAACAGUUUUGUCCGUCCAGAACUGGUCGAGGUGGACGUCAACUCGUACCCUCCAAUCUUGAUUGCUGACGCGCUGAAUUUUGUGGUCUUGUUCAGGAACCAAUUAGAUCCGCAGGUCUUGAUUGAAGCAUUUGGAAAACCGAACGCAUACGCUAGAAGAAUCCUAGGCUCGGAUAAAGUUAUUCUGCACCACUUUUUGGGCUAUGCAUUCGAUAAGCUGGCAACUGUCAAGAAAAAUAAUGUAAGUGCGGCAUGUGUAAUAUAAAUUUGGCGAUUUUUUGGAGUUUUUGUGAUUUUAAGUUGUGUUUUGAUGAAUUUUGAGGAGUUUCAAGGAGAAUAGAGGCCAUUUCAGGAGCUGAUCUUCAAUUCCCAAACGAUCCCCGCACAUGAUUACCUGGAGGCAUUGAUUUCGGCGAUCCAAAAACCCGACUCGCAGAAGUCCCACUACUUGAUGAAGGCGUUUAUGAGGUGUUUGUCCUUGAUGGAUGUGAGUUUGGGGUCAAAUAUGGGGUAAUUUUUGGAAAUGAAAAAUUUUUAUAUUACUUUAGGUCAAAAUUUGAAAUUUUUUCGAGAAUUUGAUAAGUUUUCACAAGUUUUUAUCCAUUUUCAGCAAAAACAAGCCGAAUCCGCCAAUGUGUACGUGGAUUUCCUGGUCCGCCUCAUCGAAGCGGUCGUCAAGGAGUCCCAAAAUCCGAUGUUUACACACUUGGUGUUCGAAUCUCUGUGUGUGGUGAUCAAAAAGAGCUUCCCCUACAUUCAAGAAGCCAUAUCUGAGCGAGUAAUGCCCCUAAUCGAGCAAAUUAUCAGCGCAGAUUUGGUGGAUUUUGUCCCGUACUCCCUCCAAAUCGUCGCUUUGCUCCUGUACCAGUCCGAAACCGAGAAACGCCUUGGCCGUCAGGACUACGGAGCCGAGAAAUAUGAGAGUUUCUUCCCCCAUCUGGUCCGAGGAACCUUCUGGCAGAGGGUUGUGAACGCUCCGGCACUCACAACGAUUUUUGAGGCGUUUAUUAAAACCGCGCCGGACUUUGUUUUGAGAUCGGGGAAUGUGGAAAGCGUCAUGGGAUGCUAUCAGAGCUUGAUCAGCUCGAGAACCCUGGAAGAGAAUGGAUUCCGACUGGCCACGGCGCUUAUUCCACAUUACGAUGUAGGAAUUUAUGUUAUACUUGAUAGUUGAUACUAGUCCCGACAAAAAGUCCUUGGAAUUUUCGAAUUUUUUGCGACCCCCAAAUCUCGUCGCACUGUGAAAAGUUGAUUUGUCACUGCGAAAAAUGGGACGGGACGUAAGGCAAAAAAACAAAAUUGCACUGUGCAAAAGCACUUUUUGGGCCGGAUGCACAGUGCAAAAAUGGUUUUUGGGUUCAUGCACAGUGCAGAGUCGCAGGAAAUUUCAAGGACUUUUUGCCGAAAAUAGUAUUAGUUUACAAGGAAAGUACUUCUAUGGGUUAUGGAGUUACAAGUCGAGGCAUAUAUCAAAAAAAAUCGCAAAACUUUUCUGGUUCAGAAUAUGUAAUAAUUAGCUGCCCAAUUUUGGUUUGUAAGGACGAAAAAGCUUCAGAACUUUUCUCGCAACACCACGCAAAUGCCUUUUUGACGAAGUUUUUACCAAUUCAAAAGCUUUGUUUGGAGCUACAAUAAACCCUGACAUCUUGAAAAGCCUUAAAAUAUCAAAUUUGAUUUACUACACCUUAAUACUACACCUUAAUUUGUAGUUCCAAUAUAAAAAAAACACAACGCAAGUGCCCCUGUUUUACAUUGGAAAUACUAAUUAAGGUGUAGUAUUAAUCAAAUUUGAUAUUGUAAGGCUACCAAGAUGGUUUACUUUAGCUCAAAACAAAGCUUUUGAAUUGGUAAAAACUUGUCAAAAAGGCGUUUGCGUGGUGUUGCGAGGAAAGUUCUGAUGCUUUUUUCACCCUUACAAACCAAAAUUGGGCAGCUAAUUUUCGCAUAUUCUGAAUCAGAAAAGUUUUGCGGGUUUUUGAUAUAUGUCUCGCCCUGUAACUCCAUACCCCAUAGAUGUACUUUCCUUGUUAGAUAGAAAAAUUGAUGUCAGGACUAAAUUAAUGCCAAUUUUUUAGACUAACCCAGUCCUAACCACCAGAGGUAUCCUACUGCCAAUGUUGAACAGAUAUCAAACGAAUAAAACGCAGAGAUUUACGAGGAUCUUCGUCUUGUUCUUGACCAGACUAGCUUAUAUCAAAGGAGCUGAACGAUUCGCCCAUGUGUUGAAUGAAAUCCAACCAGGAAUGGUGCAGAUGGUGGUGGACAAAGUCUUACUCAAAGAGCUCAGAGAAAACCAUUUGGCUCAGAAUUAUGACGACAAACGGCAUAUUGUACUUGGAUUGGCCUCCCUAAUCGGAGAUACGUACGAAUUGAUUAAGUAAGUGGAAGUUAUUAGUUUUUUUUUUGAUUUUUAGGUGGAACAGAUUUUUUUCGGCAUGGCACAGUGCAUUCGAGCUUUUUUGGCUAUUUUUUCUUUGCACUGUGCAGAAAAAAAAGCCCCUUCCCUUAACUGCACUGUGCGAUGAAAUUUUACUUCGAAAUUUUUACUACUGAUACCACAAUCUUCCUAACACCUCUAGAAUAUUUCUUUUCAACUCAAUAAUAUCUGCAGAGCUAAAGCUUUGAAUUUUUUUUAAAUUUGCACUGUGCGGCCGGAACUUUUCAUUAUUUCUUGCAUUGCACUGUGCGGAAAUAAAAAAGGCCCUGAAAAAUUAGUUUCCAGCGCUUUUUUCGUUUCGAAUACUUUAUCGUAUUUACAAACGCGUCGAGUUUUUAUAACUAGCCCGGGGGUAUGCCUCAAAUUUUAUUGCACAGUGCAAUUUUUCCCACUGUUCCUAAACUUCGCACUGUGCGAUCCCGGAGUUGGACGAUUGGGGAAAAGACGAUCGGGGAAACCGAAAAGUAUUAUUUUUCUUCGAUGCAAGUGUCGAAAUUAGGAUAAUCGGGAGUGCUGAUUUCGAAAAUGACGGUCAUUUUCUGAUAUUUACUUUUUUCCUUAAGUAGUACUGUAAAGUAGUACUUUUUUGAAUUUUUCUCAUGAAUACUCGAUUUGGGGGUUUUUGAUGGUGCUGAUUUCGAAAAUCUUAUUAUUUUUGUUUUAAAAUCAGCAUCGUCGAAAACCCCCAAAUCGAGUAUUCAUGAAAAAAAUUCAAAAAAUUGCUACUUUACAGUACUACUUAAGGAAAAAAGUAAAGAUCAAAAAAAAUGAAUGUCAUUUUCGAAAUCAGCACCCUUGAUUGUCCUAAUUUCGACACUUGCAUCGAAGAAAAAUAAUACUUUUCGGUUUCCCCAAUCGUGCUUUACUCCAAUCGUCCCUGUUCCGAAAUGAUCGUAAACUUAUUGGUCGUUUAUUCGGUCGAAUUUUAGACCCAUCUUCCGCGCCCUGGUCGAGUGCUCGGUGGAUGUUGUGGAGUCCACCACCACCUCGGUGAUCUUCGAAAAAGCCGACGAAGACCUCGAAUCGGAAGCCGCUGAUGUCUACUGCAAGCUGACCAACAUCCAAUCGGACCCAAUCAUCCCCAAAGACAUCGAUGUGAAGAAAUUUUUGGCCCAAAUGGUACAAAAAGCCAUUUCCACGGACCCAUCGGCUGUGGAUUGUCUCCCGGAUAAAAUCAAAAAUACCAUAUCGCAGUAUGCGGUUUAG